GAUAUCAUAUCUUACAGUCUGGUUGCUGUCCAAUGGUAGUUGAUGAUGACAUUGAUGUCAAAAGACUACAGUUCUCUAAUUUAACCAAUGGAAAUACAUUUACUACUAGAAUUACUGGUCUUGAUCCUAUGUCUUGUCAUAUUUUUGGUGUACGUGCAUACACAGACAGAGGACCUGGUGGAUGGAUCUUCAUUGCUAAUGAGACAUUGAUCAGUACUCAAUUUGUGACACUAACAUUAGUAAAUACUCAAGAAGUAGGAUCAACUAAUACAGUAUCAGGAGCUGUUGAUAGUGCUAGUAUUGGACUGGGUGUAGUAGUUGGAUUACUACUGAUAUCACUUGCUGUUAGUAUCAUUAUUAACAUCUACUGCUUUCUCAAGCUUAAAACCUAUGAUACAACCACUGCUAAGCAAACAAAGUUUGAUGAUGAUAUACCAAUGCAAGCCUGUGAACCAUAUGGUAUUCACAAGACUAAAGAUGUUACAAGAGAGGCAGUAUAUGAGUGUCCUGAUGUCAAUGUUAAUGAUACUGCUAUUUAUGAAACAUAACUAAUGAAACUGUAAACACUAACAGU